AAAGUACUAAAUACAGUUUUCAUGAUGACUGUACAGCUGGUACUUAGGUACUUACCUAUAUUUUUCCUGUAAGAAUAAAAUCAUAAAAACCCAACACAACAAACAUAUGACUCAAUUAUCCAUGAAGUUACGCAAUUAUAGUUCUUAUUAUGAUAGUCAUAUAGCCUAAGGAUAGUCUUUAACAUUGAAAAGAAUUACUACUUAUUCUAUGGAUUUCUUCAAGUAUAUAAACCUAUGCUAACUAAAAUUCAUUCAGUCACACAUCACACUCAUAAUGGAGCAUACGAAAUUUAUUGUGCUUCUAACAAUAGUUGCUUCCGCUAGCAGCAACGACUUAACCUUAGGACAAGGAGACAGAGGCCUUCUUAUUUACAACAUCACAGUCGAGGCAAGUCCAGCCAUCUGGCGACAAAUUGAUACUAUUGUUGUCAAUGCAACUGAAAACAAAGUCAUCAGCAAGAUUGACAUAACAGAUUUAAGGCCAGAGAAGGAUGGAGAAGCGAAGAUUACUGACGGCGGGGUUGGACUUAAAGAUGUGACGAUUGAAUUAAAGAGUCCCACAGUUUUGCGAGGAUACAAAUUCCUAGUGCAAGUGUUUGAAGAAGAACAGUCUACAAGAGGCAUCAGCACAACCGAAGGUGCUAAAGGUAAUCAAGAAAACAAACAUCCCAGUAUUGUUGGACAAGAUUUUCCGAACUUUAAGCAAGCUAGAACAAACUUGGAUGAUACGAAGAGCCAUGGACAUAUUCCGGUUUUGUCUACGUCGUCAACUACUGAAAGUUCAAGAAAAUAUCCGGAACAUUCGUCCAGAAAUACGAGGGAUGCUAUCAAGGCUGAGCCAAGUCCGCCUGUAGCUGGUGUUAAGGAUAGCGAUAAAGAACAUGCGUCAUCCACUCCCGCUCCUAAGAACAACAAGAAUGCAGCAGACACUAAAGAUGCAAAAUCAAUUGAGCCUGAUGCAAAAAGCUUCGCUGAAAUACCGUCGUCAAAUACUGCCGACGCCCCGAAAACUAAAUUGGAUUCUGCCAAAACAACACCACAUACAACAACGGCUCUAACUCCCGAAGCUACGACAAAACACAACGCAGACCAUAAAAGAGAUACAAAAGAAGCUACCGAAAAACCAGUGAAAAUUAGUGCUGUUAAGAGUGACAUGAACCUUGAACCUAAAGAUGCCAAAGGAAAUGAUACUGGAGUGAAAAUCCUUACCGACGCAUCCAUUGUAACACCAGCAACUCAUUUAGCAUCAACGAAUGAACCAAAAACUAAUAUGGAUGCUGCUAAGACAACACCUGUUAGUUUUUCCGAUGAAGCCACAACAAAACAUAGUGCUGACCAUAAAAGAGAUACAAAAGAAGCCACAGAUAAAGCGGUAAAACUUCCUGUUUAUAAGAAUGAAAAGAGCCUUGAUGCUAAAGAUGCAAAAAUAAACGAUUCUGAAGCUAAAACCCCUACUGAUAUACCAGCAGCAAACCCAAUAACUUUAGAAUCUACAGAAGCACCAAAAACGAAUAUGGAUGCCACCAAAACAUCACCUCAUCCAGUAGGUGUAACUCCUGAUACUUCGACCAAGCACAGCGCUGACCACAAAAGAGACACGAAAGAAGCUGCUGACAAAGCCGUAAAAUUACCUGAAAUUAAAAAUGGAAAGGGUCUAGAAGCUAAAGAUGCCAAAUUGAAUGAAACUGCAGCUAAAAGCCUUACUGACAUACCUAUAAUAGCUCCAAUAAAUCUGUUAGCUUCUACAAGCGUACCAAAAACUAAUCUGGAUAGUGCCAACACAACACCUGUAACUGUUCAUAGUGAAUCUACUACAAAACACAGCACUGACCAUAAAAGAGACACGAAAGAAACAUCAGACAAAUUGGUGAAAGGUAGCGUAACAGAUUUCACAACUGAAGCGGCAAAGAAACAUGAAAAUAUUGAUCAUAAACUUAACAAAGAUAAUAUUAAAACAUCAGAUUUACCAAAAGUUGAUAUGAAAUCUGAUAGCACAACAAAACAUGAUGUUGAACACAAAAUGAACGAAGACAAAAACAAAAGCAUGCCAAAGGCCACAGGAAUCUCCGAAAAAGAUCUAAACCCAUAUGGACCUGCACCUGUAAUUGACGACUUCGAUUUUGAGGCUCAACUUACUUCAAUAAUGACACGUAAUAAAGAUGCGAAAACUAAAGCAAUCGGUUCAGAUUUAAAACCUGAUGCCCCAGAAUCCACUCACGAUGUAAAGAAUGACGCUAUGAAUUUGAACAAGAAUGGUCAAAAAACAAAAGAUGACAUUGAGAAUACUAAGCCAUAUCCUUAUUUAUCUCGACCUCAAACUCCAUCAGGAAAUGCUAAACUAGAAAGCACUACUAAACAUUCCGAACACAAGAGAGAUACUAAGGACGAUAAACAUAAAGACACAAAAGAAAACAACCCAAAGGAAACAAAAGAAGACAAAAUGGAAAAGUCUGAGUCCAAAACAGUUGAUGAAGUGAAAAAUGCGGCUCACGAUAAGGCAACCGCUACAAAAACCGGAGCCGAGUUGAAACCAAUCGUAUCUUUGCAGUAAAAAUGUUAACUUAGAUAUUUAUUAUAUGUAUUUGAUAUUAUGUAUACUUACUUGAUUCUCGUAUAAUUUAAAUCUGCACAAAUUGCACAUAGGUUCGUGUACAGUUUAUCAGAAAGAUAUAUCUUGGAACUCAGUAUUUCUACCUCCUGGUUGAAUAUGCCUGAGUUUUUCGGUAAAUAUACUGUGUUGUAAUAACUUAUAUUAUUUGUAGUGCCACUAGCCAUCAUAAUGAUGAUUAAGAAACGUAUGAAAAUAGUGGACUGACCCAAAUGUUAUCUCGCUCUAACCCUAGCUCUGUCUCUAUACUCCUAGUAGUAAAACAAAAGCAAUAAUUGCUCAGUUUUAUUCCUAUUUAUUUGCUACAACAAUAAGUAAUUUAAACACCUGAAUAUUAGUUAUGUAAAGUUUAUUGCAAGAACAUUUCUUGUAAAACACAUAGAAAUACAAUGAAACACUUACUGUAAAAGGAAUGGAUCACAAUGUCUUUAACUUAUUAUAUUACUUAUUUGCCAUCUUUAAUAUAAAUAGUAUAAACAAAUGAAAGUGCCUAAAUAUAGUAAUUUAUCAUAUAA